GCUACAAUGUAGCACUGUCUGUUUCCGCAUUGGCAUAUUUACUCUGUUUUUUUAUGUAAUUGAAGUCCGUUUUUUUUACAAGGUGUUUCUGUAGUUUUUUUUAUUUGUAUUAAUGUUCCUGCUUUUCUGUGAGGCGACUCAAGGGCUUGGCAUUACACUUACUGCAUUAAAUGUCACGCGGAAACCAAAUCAAUUGGCGACGUGAAAGCAGGAACUUUUUGUCCUCCGUGUUGUGAGGUUCGGCGCAUUUCCCUGUUGCUUUUAGAGGAGACAGUUUAACAAGUGCGGUUUCAUUUUUUUUAAUUUUGUUUUCUCCAUGUUCAUCACGAUUAUAUUUGGUUUGCUGGUCUUGUGCCAGCACACCUCUUUUGUCACCGGAAUUCCUGUCGCUGAGAGGGACCUGAACAGAAAUUUGGGACAUGUUCUGGAAAUGAAGCAGCACUUCACUUGGAGAAAUAUUACUUGUCCGCUGUGUAAAGCCGCCUUCGGUAUUCUUAAUAUCGCCAUGCAGAUUGAGAAAAAUAAAGACUAUGUGGCAUCGUUGUCUGCCAAAAUCUGUGUCUGGCUGCAUUUUGAAGAGCCUAACAUUUGCACAAAAAUAACUGAACUGUUCAAGGAAGAUGUGAUAGCUGCUGUCAUGGAUUCUGUGCUCCAGCCAUCUGAAAUAUGUGCAGUGCUGAUUGGAGAGCAAUGUGGUCAUUUUGACCUCUUUUCAGAGUGGAACGUCACACUGCCUCACACACCAAAGCCUCCGGUGAUCCCUCCAGUGCCUCCUAAACCAAGUACUCCUCGUAACAGGAUCCUAUUUCUCACUGAUGUACAUUGGGAUCGUGAUUAUGCAGAGGGCAGUAAUAUUGAUUGUAAAGAACCACUGUGCUGCAGGCGUGAUUCAAGCCCAGCACACCAUCAUCAAACAGGUGCUGGACGCUGGGGUUCGUACAGUAAAUGUGACCUGCCUUUACACACUGUAGAGAACCUCUUACAACAUUUAGCUGCUACUGGUCCAUGGGAUUGGGUCUAUUGGACUGGAGACAUUCCAGCUCAUAAUGUGUGGGAUCAGACUCGUGAUCAGCAGCUGCUUGAAAUAAGAACAAUUUCCAAGCUCAUCCACAAAUACCUGGGUAAUCUGCCUGUGUAUCCUGCUGUGGGAAAUCAUGAGAGUGCUCCUGUGAAUAGUUUCCCACCACCAUUCAUUGUUGGAAAUCACUCCUCAUCAUGGCUUUAUAACGCAAUUGCAGAUGAAUGGGCAGUUUGGCUAGCCCCAGAGGCACAGAAGACAAUUAGAUGGGGAGGUUUUUACACAAUGCAGAUUCGGCCUGAUCUGCGCUUGGUUUCCCUCAACAUGAAUUUCUGCGCCAAGGAAAAUUUUUGGCUGUUGAUUAAUAAUACAGACCCAGCAGGUCAGCUUCAGUGGCUUAUUGGUGUUCUACAGCAAUCUGAAUUGAAAGGAGAAAAGGUUCAUAUCAUUGGUCAUAUUCCACCAGGACUAUGUUUGAAGACUUGGAGCUGGAACUACUAUAAAAUUGUAAAUAGGUUUGAAAGCACAAUUGCAGGUCAGUUCUUUGGACAUACACACCUUGAUGAAUUUCAGAUGUUUUAUGAUGAGGAAACUCUCACUCGCCCUGUGUCUGUUGCAUUCAUCGCACCCAGUGUUACAACUUUCAUUAAUCUCAACCCAGGUUAUCGAGUCUACGAGAUUGAUGGAGAUUACCCUGGAAGCUCAAGGAUAGUUGUAGACCAUGAAACCUACAUUCUUAACCUAACUGAAGCAAACAUGGAAUCUACCUCUAUCCACUGGAAACGUCUGUACAAUGCCCGAGAAAAUUAUGAACUGAAGACUCUCUUUCCCUCGGACUGGGAUAAUCUUAUCAGCACAUUCCAGAAGAAUGAUAGUGUGUUCCAGAAUUUUUGGCAUCUUUAUCAUAAGGGUCACAUUUCAGAGCCCUGUCAAAAUGCCUGUAAAGCCACAGUACUGUGCUCCCUCCGUUCAGGUCGGUCUGGUGAUCCUCAGCUAUGUCUUGAUAUGCUUCCAGGUCUGUCUUACAGUGAAAUAGAGAAAGCAAGGUAUCGAACAACAAUGUGUUAAUUGGGGAGAUUAUUUAUCAAAUUAGUUAAAGAAAUACAUGUAAAAAAAUAAUGUGAGCAUUACAUGCUUUAACAUCCCCUUGUAAAUGUAUAGUUAGAAUCUUAAUAACAUGUUAAACAGCUGGUUACAUACAGUAAGUACUGAGGGACUAAACUUAAUUUUUAAAUGUUAAUUUAAUAGACUUUAUUAUAUUUAUGCAUUGGUAUAUAUUUAAGAAACCUGCAACACAAGUGUUUUAUCCUGCCUUUUAACUAGAAAUUUCCUUUGGAUGGAAAUAUGAGUUUUUUAGAAAUGUGUAAUUUUUAUUUUCAUUUUCUUUUUAAGUUUAUACUAAAACCUUAAUUUGCUUGACUCCUAAGAUCCUAAAAGCACAUGGGCUUGUAAAGGUAACUUGAUCAGAUUCACUUUAUUUAGUAAGUGCAAUGUACUUCUGAACAAGAGGACUGCAGAAGCAUUGGGUUAAUUUCAAUGUUUCUGAAAUCUUCUCAUCAAAGCCGAUGGCGUACUCACGGAAUUCACCUUAUCAGAUUGGGUUUUGUUACUAAAUGAAGUUAAUAUUUACAGUGCUUUCUAUUUUUGUUAGUUGUGAAAAUGAGCAUAAGUAGGACAUUUCCCACUUUCACUUGUACUUACUCAUAGUAAACGGAAGUCUGUGUUAUGUCACAAAGGUCACUGUGGCUGCAGAUUUUUUGCACACUUUUGUUCUUUAUUUUGGCAUUUUGAUUGAUCCCUUUUUGGGGUUUUGUCACUGAUGAUGAUAUUGGGUAGCUACAGAUUUCUUUUUGCUAUGCAACAAUUAUUGUCAGUGUGUAUGGCACUGGCAGUGGCUUUAUUGGUGCCAUUUUAUAUAAAGCAAAUGCUAAACAAUGCACACUCUGUGUUGCUUUUGUCACAGUCAUCACCUAGAAAGAAAUGUUAAUGCCAGAUUUUUCUUAUGGCUGCUAAAUCACUCAGGUGCCAGAUUAUAUGCAAUCUCAGCCACAAGACAAAAUCCGUACCCAAAAAUCAGUGUAUCACCAGAAUGUUUAUUUAGUGGCAGAUCCGAACUCAGGAAUGAUGGAUUGCCAAGGUCAGACAUUGCUCAAGAACUUUGCCUUAACUGUACAUAAAUGUAGCAGUAGCUGGGACCCCCAUGCAAUAUACAUCUCCGUUAUUUUAAUUUUAAGGAUGCUGUCUGAGCUCCUGCACCUGAGGCUUGAAUCUUGUAAAACUCAGGGUCACUUUUUUCAUGAUUAGAGCUUUAUGUUCUCCCCAGGUGAUCUUUCUCCCCCCAGCCCCCCAAUUCAAACCCCUGUGCAUUUUCUUUUCUUUUCCUCACCUAAAUAAAAAGCCUUCAUCUACCGUGUUCACAUCCAAACACACAAUCCUAAUUUUUGCCUUUGCAAAGGGCUGGUCUUAUUUCAGCAACUAUACAGAUUUAAUCAGUGGGCCAUGACAGUAUUUUGCCUCUCCUUUGAAGUCAAUUGUAUAAAAACUAAAGACUCAAAAUACACUUAUUUCUGCUUUUUCCAUUAUUUUGAUUGCAGCAGUACCAUACACAUAAUAAUAGAGGCAACAUGCACUAAUGCAAUCUGGUAUCUAGACGUGAGGUUAGAACAGUGGCAAUACUUGCUUCGGUCAGCUUGCGUCUUUGGUGUGCAGAAUGCAGUCUGGUGUUCUGAAAUUUGUAGGCCCAAGGAUGAAAUAUCAUGAAUAUAGACGCGGGUAGUGUUCAUUUUUUUCAGCUUCUUGCAUGCUUAAUGGCACUUGAGGCUGAAAACGAAGAUUCAUGCAGGGUAUGAAAAGAGAGUCUAUUGCUAGCAUAAAAAUGUCUUCUGUGGAUUGUUUAUCCAGUAAGCCAGUCUGUUCUGUCUGUUUGCUGUUAAUCCAGCAAGCUAAUCUCUCUAGCUAGUUUUGAGCUCCUUUUGUUGAGUCCUACUUUUAUUAUGCUUUGUGCUUUUCGGUGGUCCAAAACAAGGGUUUGUUAAGCAGUAUUUCCCCGCAAAAUGAAUCAUACACUCUAAGGUAAGCCUUAGAGGGAAAUUAUGUGCUUCAGUGUUUUCGUUCACACAGGACAACAAACGAUUUGUUCACAUCACUGGUUCUUCAUAGCCUUGAGUUUGAUGGACAGCAGAGCCAGAGGUGCGCUCAUCAAGUGGUCAGUGGUGCACAGGUUUCCUUGUCAAGACUUAGGAAGGGUGGUUUCAUUUCAGUCUUGGUCUCAUUGUCUUUUUUUUUGGGGUGCCUUAGAAUCUAGUAGGAUUAUUGAAAGCUGGUUGUUGUGAAAGUUGAGCUGCUUGCUAGAGGUAGUAGCUCCAAGCACUCACUUGCUGCUGUUACCUUAAGGAGGAAGAGUCACGAUUUUCUAUGUUUUAAUAACAAAAAGUACUCUUUGAUGUGGGUGCUUUGGAAUUGAGGGGGUGGUGGAAUACGGUGUGAAAUGAUUUGGCCCUUUUUUUGUUAAAAUCACUGGAAAAGAGAGGAGUCCAGUGAUGUAACUGGUCUAGCAUGGACAUGCUGGAAGAACUGAAAUCCCAAGAACCAAUGUAGCAGUUAGGGAAGCAGGCGGGCUGUGCUCAGAUUAGGCCACCUCAUUACGUUGAGUUCUUGAGCCAGCAUAAUACUAUGCCCCUGACAUCACCAGUCUGCUCUUUUCUGGAUAUCUAUAUCAAAACAUCUUUCGUUGUUUCACACCGCCUAAUUUUCAAAGCUCCCACGUGAAAGGGUAUUAAAAGAGGCAGAAAUUAGAAUCCAAAAUGUAAUCUUCAAAUCAAGGUCUCUGCUACUUUAUGAACUGAGUGAGUUUACCUGCAAAAAAAAGACCUUGGAAAAAUGGCAGUGUCCCUAAUCUUAGUGAGGGAGUGGACUAAGAUAUGCAUACUGUAUUUAGCUUUAUAAUAAGACAGCUUAACAUACAACUCUGUCACUAAAGUGUUGUAUUGUUCUAUUAAUGUGUGGAAACAUACCAAAUCAUUUUGGUGCAAGUUGAUGGAGAGUAGUCAGUCAGUCAUUUUGUAAACCGUUUAGCCCUGAACAGCAGGGUUGUGGGGGUCUGCUGGAGCCUAUCCCAGCCAGCAUAGGAUGCAAGGUAGGAACAAACCUUGGACAGGGUGCCAGUCCAUCACAGGGCAAGCACACACACCCCAACCACACACUAGUGCCAAUUUAGUGUCGCCAGUUCAUUUAAUAUGCUUGUCUUUGGACUGUAGGAGGAAACCGGACCACCCGGAGGAAACCCAUGUCGACAGUAGUCCUAACUUAAAAGUAUCAUAAUUUUGUGAACAUACACAAAUGAAGUGACCACGUGUAUUUAACAUGUCACCUUUGCUGUGUGUCUCAAAUUGUAUUUUCAUUGAAAUCAAGAACAGAUGAAACCCUGUGGUGUUACCAUUUCUUUGAAUUAUAUUAAUUAUGCUUAAAAGUUUAAGAAAAGUUAUUUAUUUACAGUGUCAUUCCUGCUGCUGCGUUUCAGUGAUGUUCCUGCCUUGACUUGCCAUUAUGUGUGUAAUUUUGGUGAUGAAGGAUUGGCAUACUGUAUUAGUUUGGUAUUCAGAAUUGAGAUGGCUGCACACAUGUGGAGUUGUUCACUUUUCAACUCUUUACUCCAUUCCUGCCAGUGCUGCUAUGUGAAAGCAGGCGAGUGCGAGAGAGCUGAAGCAGCACAUGGCAUCUAUGAACGUCUGGAGUGAGCUGGGUGGCACGUGCCCAUGGCUGUCUUCACCUUCACAGGUAACGGAACACCCUCCCCAUACUUUGGGGGGAACAAAAUAAUUGAAGUUCCUUUAGGGACCUUUGUUUUGAUGUUUUUUGUUUUUAUAAUUCAUGAUGAUUGUAUCAAUGAAGAUCAGUUUCUAUUUUGGUUAAUGAAAUUAUGUUUUGCAAAGUUUUGCACUUGGAAAUAAUUGAAGCAAGUUUUCAUUGUUGUAAAAUUCAUCUGUUAACAUUUUAAAGUACUAUUUAAGAUGUUUUAAUUAUUAAUUUUAUGUUCAUCGUCUCAUUUUUAGACUAGGCAGUUCUAGUCAAGUCUGUGCUGUAAAUAUUUCUUGCUAGUUUGUCUUUAAGCAUACAGUAUAUGCACUUUUAAGUUUAAAGUUUUGACUUACAAGAUGAAUUAAUAACUUGUCAUAUUUUAUUUGCCCAGAUAAGUUAAUAUAUGUAAAUUCAGAUAUUUGUGCUGUUUUUAGCAUUGCCAUUUCGUUAUUUAACGUAUUAAUCUACUGCAUCAAAUCAAAUAUUUGGCUCACAGUGUUGCUUUUUUAAAAAGGAACUUUGGCUAAAAGUACUUAACUGUGACUUGAAUCUUGCUUAAAAAUGAAUUUAACUGAACAAAUGCAUUCUACUAAUAGUAUUAAUAAUUGUGUCAAUGGCAGUAAUUAAAAUGUCAACGCAUUGCUGAUGUGUUCCAUUUUGUGACAAACAGAAAUAAACGAAGCGAGUGCCCUUUU